AUGGCAGUUAGUGAUAAGAAAUUCAAUGAAAUGAUGACCCAUAACAAGAUGUUAGAGAGCCAAAUUGCUCAAUUGGCCAAUACCUUGAAAGAGAGUGCAAGUCCUUCUUCUCUACCCUCCGAAGGUCUUGACCCUAAGAAACUGGUUUAUUCUAUCACCACUAGAAGUGGCAAGGUACUAAAGGAUAGAGUGUCUAAGAGUAGUCAAGAGAACGAGAAGGUGAGUGAUACAUUUGAUGAUGAUGAGCAUGACGUGUCUAGCAAGAAGAGUGAGAGUUCUAAUGAGAAGGCCAAGGAGAAAGAGAGAAUGGAAGAUGAUGAGGUUAUCAAAGCUAAACUUCCUUACCCCCAAAAAUUCUUGAGUCUUAAAAUGGAUGAGCAAUUUGGGAAGUUUAUUGAUAUGCUUAAGCAACUUCAUCUUUCUAUUUCUUUCACCGAUGCUUUGCAACAAAUGCUAAAUUAUUCCAAGUUCCUUAAGGAUAUUUUGAGUGGCAAGAGAGAGUGCAAUGUGGUAGAUUCAGUGAAUGUUGGGGAGUGUUGCAGUGCUCUUAUCGAUAAUGACCUACCCCCAAAGAUGAAAGAUCCGGGGAAUUUCUCCAUCCCUUGCAAUAUCAAUGGCAAAUUGUUCCAAAAUGCUCUUUAUGAUUUAGGUGCUUGUGUUAGCAUCAUGCCAUAUUCCUUUUUCAAGAAGCUUAAUCUAGGAGAGCUACUUCCUACCAACAUGACCCUACAAUUGGCCGAUCGUUCAAUUAUGAUUCCCAAGAGUAAGAUUGAGGAUGUCCCCCUCAAGAUAGGAGAGUUUACCAUCCCCGUUGAUUUCAUUGUACUUGAGUUGCUGAAUAUGACAAUAUUCCCAUCAUCUUAG